AUGGCGAGCAGCACCAUCUUCGAGGAAGACGAGGCUUUCUGGAAUAACUACCUAAAGGGCCGGCCAACAGCGCCCGAAGCCUUCUUCGACCGCAUUUUCCGCUACCACGAGGAGAAAGGGGGCCGGUUCGGCACCGUUCAUGAUGCCGGAGCAGGGAACGGACCGUAUGGGCGAAAGUUGCGGUCCCGCUUUGAGACCGUCAUCAUCUCAGAUAUCGCCGAAACGAACGUACGACUCGCCCAAGGUCGCCUGGGGACCGACGGUUUCCGCUACCGCGUGGCCCGGAUUGAAGACGGGGCAGAUAUCCCUCCGGGCAGCGUCGACCUAGUGUUCGCCACCAACGUCCUGCACUUCGCAGACCAGGAAAAGGCCGUGCAGGCCAUUGCUCAGCAGCUGAGGCCCGGCGGAACGCUGGUCGUGGGAGCGUUCGGCUCCGCCCGCUUCCGCGACGCCGAGGUGCAGGACGUGUGGGCUCGCAUCACGCACCAGGCCGGGCGGGCCUUGCUCAAGCACGCCCAAGACGCGGCGCAGACGCAGAAGGUGAUGGAGCGCAGUUCGGGCUACUACAACGUCGCGCCGCUUGACGAGCGCUUGUUUGCGCCGGGGGCCAGGCGCAUCCGCCUCAACAUGGGUAACGGCGGCUUGACGUCUCUGCUCCCGCCCGAGAUCGAGGCCACCGAGCCCAGCUACACGGGGCCCCACGAUGUCGAAGUCUGGGAGGCGGAGGAAGGGUGGAGCAUCAAGACGGACCUGGACGGCAUCAAGUCUCACUUUGCAUCGUUUCCGUUUUCCAAGUUGGAUCCGCACAGUUACGAGCCGUUGUGGGAGGAGCUGCGAGGCCUGCUCAGCGACGGACGAGUAGUCGAAGCAUACUUUCCGGCUGCGAUUAUCUUAGCAACGCGGCGAUAG